GUCUGUAUGGGCCAAUAGAUUGUCCUGAAAAGGUCGCAGUCCUGAAAGGGUUCCACCGCCAGAAUACACAGGCCUUCAAAUUGUAUAAUUUUUCACUGUUUUAAGGGAUUAUUCCAGGGUGGUAAAUUAUUAUUUAUUCCCAUCUUAUUGUGUGUCAGAACCAAACUAAGCGAUAUUUUCCAUUUUUAAGUUUCUGUGAUGCGAAAAUGAGGUCUGAGAAGCAGGGAGAUCCGACGUCUCUCUCCUUUUUAUCCGAGAAGGGAUGAAUCCGGGAAGGAAAAAAACGGUCCGCCGCAAAGACUCACUGUUCUCAACCACCUGUGAGCGGUCGGGGAAUGUAAUGAAGAUUUGCGUCAAUCUCAUGCCUGCCCUGGCCCUCUCUCAGGACCCCCUUGACCCCGAAGAAGAGAGUCGAGACCACAGCCACAGAUUCUCCCUCAAAGAGAAGACACGCAUCCCGGCUUCCACUAACGAGGAACGUAAACCUGAGAAAGAUAAAGCGAGUAAUCGGCGAGGUGACCUCAAGCGUACGGUUUUAACUUUCAAUGGAGCCACAAGAGUCCAUCUUAACCCCGCGUUUGUACUUCCCCCGAUCAUGGCUAAAUCCAACAACACCCUUUGGAGGCGCCCUGUUUACUACGACCAUGCGAAGACUGUGGUGUCGACUGCACCGCCUAACCAGGGUGGGGCAGCCCUAUCCAGACACGGUGGGGUAUCCCGCUACAGCGGGGUAUCUAGCCUGGGCGGGGUGUCUUACCAGGGUGGCGUAUAUGACAUGGGUAGUGUAUAUAUCAAGGGUUGGGUGUCUGAUCAGGGUGGGGUAUCUAGCCAGGGAAGGGUAUGUAGCCAGGGAGUGGUAUAUGACCAGAGUGGGGUAUCCAACCAGAGUGGGGUAUCUAGCCUAAGUGGGGCAUCGAGUCAGGGUGGUUUAUGUGACCAGGGUGGGGUAUCUAUUCAGGUUGGUGUAUCUAGCCACAGUGGGGUAAAUGACCAGAGUGGGGUAUCUAGCCAGAGUGGGGUAUAUGACCAGAGUGGGGUAUCUAGCCAGAGUGGGGUAUCUACGUCCAGCCAGGAUGGGGUAUAUAACAAGGAUAGGUUAUAUGACCAGGGCGGGGUAUCUAGUCAAGAUAUGGUAUCUUGCCCGAGUGGGGUAUAUGACCCGAGUGGGGUCUCUGACAAGGGAGUAUCCAGCCAGUUUUGGGUAUGUAACCAAAGUUGGGUAUCUGCCCACGGAGUAUCCAGCCAGAGUGGGGUAUCUAACCCGGGCGGGGUCACAGAGCAGAAUGAGAGGCUAAAGGCCCGUGAAUACACACCCUCCUCAUCAGACGGACCACCAGACACCAGGCGCUGGACAGACAGAACUCUGUCAUCUGAACGGCGGCCUUCAGAGCCCCACCUACCAGACGUUUCCCUGGCCAGUCUGAGGCUGCUGCUGCACGGGGUGACCAGCCGCGUGGGCCGUAGGUCCACCUCCAGGAGGGGGGGCAUCGGGGGGGUCCAUUGGUCCGAGUCCGGGUCUGUUGGGUCUAGCCGGCUCUCGUUGGACCGGACCGUGCUGCAGCGUCUGAGAGGGAGCAGGUUGGACGAGGAGAGGCUGGGCAGUGCGGGGAAAGGACGAGUAUUACUGCCGGCGGGAGACCGGGGCCAGGCGAGACUCCGGCCCCGGCUCCUCCUGCCCCCCAUCUGCCCGGGGAACAGACCCCCGGUCCUGCUGACCAUGUCCACAGGGAACCCCCCCCUCCUCCCCUCUCGCACCCCCCACCCCCAACGGAGACCCCCCAUGGGGCAGACACAAGAAGAAACAGCGCUUUUAAAGCAAUAUAUUUUUUAAUGUUUACAGUGGAGUAUCCCAAAUAAAUAUAUGUAUAUAUAUAUUUUUUUUAUAUAUUGUCCUAUAUUCACCGCCCUUGUCUCUCGCGGUGUGCAAAGGUAAAUGAUGGUAUCUACAUUCAAGUAUUGAGCGUUAUUUGAAUCAUGUGAUUCAGUGGAUGUUUGAUUAAAUGUUUGAUGGUAGAGCUGAACAUUGUUUGGAUAUUCUUUCUUCAAAACACCGCCCACAAUGUGUCGAUGAUGUUAAGCUCACUGGAGAUUUACGGACUACGGUGUGGAUCUGAAGACGAUGAUGUUGGAUGAUAGUUUCCUACUUGCCCUACUACAAUAAUAUUACAUACAACGCUAAGAAAUCAGCUUCAUACUCAAUUCAGAAUUUUUUGGUAAAAAAUAAAAACACAAUACACAAACCAACAGGCUAACAAAUAACAAUA